AUGAAUUAAGAGAAAGAAUGGAAUCUAGAUAGUUGGAAGAAAUAUCCAGCAUUGCAAUAGCCAUUAUAUUAGGAUCUUCAUUUCUAUUAGGAGACUCUAUAAAAAUUAAGAAAACUUCCUGGAAUCUUAAAUUUUGAAGAGAUAAAUAAAUUCAAGAAUGAGAUGAUAAAGGUUAGCUAAGGAGAUAAAUUUGUCUUGCAAUUAGGAGACUGUGCAGAAGUAUAUAAUGAAUGCACGGAAGAACAUUGGAAGGAGAAAUUUAGCUUUUAUGAUAGUAUGGGUUAAAUUCUAAAUGCGAUAGUAAUUGGAAGAACUUGUGGAUAAUUUGCGAAACCCAGGACCUAAUUACACGAAAAGGAUGGAACAUUAAAUUAUAGAGGAGAUUUAAUAAAUUCAUUGAGUAGAGAUGAAAGAGAUCCUGAUCCUUUGAGAUUACUAUUAGGUGCGCAUUACUCAAAAAAGGGCAUAGACACACUUCGUAAAUAUGAGGGUAAAUAAUUAUGGGUUUCUCAUGAAUGUUUGCAUAUAGGAUAUGAAUCUGCAUUUGCAAGAUAACAUGAGGAAGACCAUUAUUAUCUAUCAAAUACUCAUUUCCCUUGGAUUGGGGACAGAACUAGAUUGUGUGAGCAUGCACAUUCUAAUUUUGCAAAGGGAAUUUACAAUCCUAUUGGAAUCAAGAUUGGAUCAAGUAUAAAUAAAAAUGAGUUUGUUAAUCUAAUUAAAUUGUUGAAUCCAAAGAAUGAAGAUGGAAGAGUGUUUGCCAUUAUAAGAUUAGGAAAGAAUAAAUUAGAUAAAUUAAAAGAUAUUAUUAAUUGGAAACAUGAAGAAAAAUUAAAUGUCUCCUUCUUCCUAGAUCCUAUGCAUGGUAAUAGUCUAGAAUAGAAUGGCUAUAAAAUCAGAAGAAUUGAAGAUAUUAUGUUUGAAAUUCAAUAGUUUUUUAAUAUACUUGAAUAAAGCAAUGAAAAACCAGCAGGAUUACAUUUGGAAUGCACUCCGUAUGAUGUAAGUGAAUGCGUUGAAAAUGAUGAGGAAAUAGAUCCCAAAAAGUAUACUACUGCUUGUGAUGCCAGAUUGAAUUUUAGACAAACAAGAAAAAUAGUCAUUUUUGUUAAUACUCUUUUAAAAAAGCUUAAGAAAAAGUAAUAAUGA